CUUGCGACUCAGAUUUAUUGGGCAACCAGUGCCAGCUAUUACAAAGUAUCCGUAAAUAUUUUGCGGAUAACAUUUUGCCGGCAGGCGAGAUCCGGGAUCGUUUGUUACCUGGCAAAAUAUUGCCGAAUACAUUGCAAAAUGUUAUAGCCAUAGCUUUGCAAAAGCUUUCCGUAUAUGACACAGAUUUGUCGAGGAAGGAUCAGCAUUUGGUGAUUACAGUAUAUCGACCGAUUAAAGCAUAUCGAACAUCCAAAAUGCAGAAACCGUUAUUAGCAGGAAUAUACGCCAUUGUUGUGACGCAGUUAUCCCAUCGCAGUUUUGGAAACGAUAAAGCCGAAACGGACCCUUUUGAGUUCUCCGUGCCAUUUCCGCAGUUUUCCACCGAACCAAUGACCCGGGAUCAGUGCGCGCUACAGUUCUCUGCCAACUGCGGUUGGAACGGAUACGCCAUCGAUAAUUGCACCCUGGACCAAGGUUUGCAUUUAUUGUGCAAACCUGAAGUCGACGCGCAAGAGCUCCAACAGUUAGCCAAUGCCUUGUCUAAACCGCCGAUCAAAGCGGUUUUCAUUGGUUUAUUCGACGGAGAUUACGUCAGCUUUGCUAACCUUUCUCCAGUACGCAAGCAAACUAUUGUCUUCGGCUUGUAUAACUGCAUCGCUCCGCGCUCAACGAAGAAGUUGGCACAGUUCCGUAUGCCGAAUCUGCUGCACUUCGCACUGGCACACUGCACAAAUUUGGACGUGCGACGAGCGGAUUUCUGGCAAUCCAGCAAACUCAGACUGAUUGAGUUCCAUAACACGACACUACAGUUUCUGGAAGUGGAUACCUUCAGCGAUCUUCCGGCGUUGCGAUUGUUAUCACUAGAAAGCGGUUUCAGUGAAAUGGGGGUUUUUGAUGAUCGAGUCCGGGAUUACCUGGCGCGACUGCAUUGCGGUUGCGAGUACGAAUGGUUCCGCGACUGGUGGCAGGUGAACGGGCUACUGCGUCAGGCUGCGGAGGGAGAAAUAUAUCGAACCCCUUACGGUUCAUGGGAGAACAGCGUUUUUGUUAAAGAGAGCGUUUUCUUGCCGGUUAACUGCGCCACGAAUCCGUUCCAUACUGGUUUCCACACUAUGGACAACUCACAACCGAUUUUUUCAGCCAAUGAGGAGCGGUAUCCAGAAAAAUGGAAUCCCGGAUGCAAAAGUAGCAGCGGCGACCAGGAAAAAUUCCCUGUAAUGGGAACCGUAAAGGGCACUAUUGAAGAGUGCCAUUUACGAUUCUCUUUGGGCUGCCUGCCGCUCAAUGCUGCAGUCUACGGUUGCGAAUCUUGGUAUGAUGGCGUUGCAGGAGUGGACGUGGGCUGUGAAACUCCCGAGGGAAUGGCAGAGCAUGCGCGACUGACGGCGGCAGGGUCGACAAAGUUUUACUCACGACCCAUCGAUAUCUGGAUUUCUGGGGAUGCUGCAUCUCACCUUACCGCUGUGGAUUUGCAGUCAAUUCGAAAUCAGGUUGUAAGUUUCGGAAUCUUUGGAUGUGUGAGCGUCCGGUCGACGUACAUGUUAUAUGAAUUUGACUUCUUCAAUGCGCUAGAGCAUAUCUUGCAAGACUGCACGGAUCUCGACGUCCGGAGGAAAGACUUCCAACGAUCCAAAAAACUGCGAAGCAUUGUUUAUACUAAUGUUACAAUUCGUACGUUAGAGAGAGACGCAUUUAGCGAUCUACCUGAUUUGCGGAUUGUGGCGUUGGAGAGAGGCGUACAAAAACACCGUGAUGCACAAUUUCGCUGGGUACCGACACCUGUUUUCCAGCAAAACCACAAAGACUAUCUGUUCCGCCUGCACUGCGGAUGUGACUUUGCCUGGUUUCGCCGCUGGUGGAACGAGAACACUGCCUUGUUGCGUGACCACGUUCAAACCUUCGAGGUCUACGCUUUCCAGUUUAGUUGGGCAAACAGCGAAAUGUUUAGAGAAGACCUUUUUCUGCCGAUUGACUGCGCUGUUGAAAUCCCCAAUGGAUCCGCAUCUAUAAAUUUUAAUCAAACAGAAUACUCGAUAAAUGAUACUGAGUGCUGAAAGAACUUACAACGGCAGACUGGGAACCUUGUGUGCCCAUUUCUUUAGUGCUCUGAUAUGGUUACCUGUCUCAGUAUCGGUAGUGCGAAUCUUCCCGUAUUUUGUUUAGUGGUUACAUGGUUUCGUUGAAGCCAUAAGCGAAGGCAGUUUCAAUAAAAUAUGGAAC